AGCAGAAACUAGGCUGGUUCCGCCCCGCGAGCGGCCAUCUUGGAGGUUGAGGCGGCGGCGGCCCUGCGACGGGUUCGGUGGGCCCAGUCCCGGCGCGGUGUGGCUGUUUCGGGCGCGGGCCCCGCUUUUCCGCACCCUGCUCCGGCCUCGAUCACGGCGAGCCUGAGCGCGGCGGCGGCCCACGCGCAGCGACAGGGAGAGAUGAGCAGCACCAGCAAUAAGAGGGCUCCAACCACAGCAACCCAGAGGCUGAAGCAGGACUACCUUCGCAUUAAGAAAGACCCAGUGCCCUACAUCUGUGCCGAGCCCCUCCCUUCGAAUAUUCUGGAGUGGCACUAUGUCGUCCGAGGCCCAGAGAUGACCCCUUACGAAGGUGGCUAUUACCAUGGAAAACUAAUUUUUCCCAGAGAAUUUCCUUUCAAACCUCCUAGUAUUUAUAUGAUAACUCCCAAUGGAAGAUUUAAGUGCAACACCAGGCUGUGUCUUUCUAUCACGGAUUUCCACCCGGACACGUGGAACCCAGCCUGGUCUGUCUCCACCAUCCUGACCGGGCUCCUGAGCUUCAUGGUGGAGAAGGGCCCCACCCUGGGCAGUAUAGAGACGUCAGACUUCACGAAAAGACAACUGGCAGCGCAGAGUUUAGCGUUUAAUUUGAAAGAUAAAGUCUUUUGUGAAUUAUUUCCUGAAGUUGUGGAGGAAAUUAAACAAAAACAGAAAGCACAAGACGAACUCAGUAGCAAACCCCAGACUCUUCCCUUGCCAGACGUGGUUCCAGACGGGGAGACGCACCUCGUACAGAAUGGGAUUCAGCUUCUCAACGGGCACGCGCCGGGGGCCGUCCCGAACCUCGCGGGGCUCCAGCAGGCCAACCGGCACCACGGACUCCUGGGCGGCGCCCUGGCGAACUUGUUUGUUAUAGUUGGGUUUGCAGCCUUUGCGUACACGGUCAAGUACGUGCUGAGGAGCAUCGCGCAGGAGUGAGGCCCGGGCGCCCAGACCCAAGGCGCCAGCGAGGGCACCGCGCGCCAGAGCGUGAGCUGGGCAGGCUGGACACACUGCCCGGCACCGGCGGACCCACCAGGCUCCUGGGUUGAGCGUUUAAAAGCCUGAAAGGGGAAGCGAACACCAAAAUGUGUGACUGGGCUUUGGAGGAGACCCGAGACUCAGGCCUGCCCCGGCCUCGCGCCGCUGGGGCUGGCGCGGAUGGGCCGCUCGUGCGCUGGAUUUGUAGCUUCUCUUCCGUGUUGUCUUUGGAGCUGUUUUAGUAAACCCGUUUUUCAUUCUGUUA